AUGAUCGGGGGCCUGGUGGAGGAAGCCCGGGCCAAGGUUCUGGGAGUUCGCAGUCGUGUGUUUGCCUACUCGGAGUUCAUGCGCGUGCACUUGGCCAAUGCCCAUCUUCUCGGCAGCCUCUGUAUGCAUGACAUCAUCUCAGCCGGAACUGUUUAUGCCGUGCUGGGAAGAUUGGGGAAUCCUGAUAGCCUCAUUCUCCCUUUCCGCUCCACUUGGGCUUUCGUGCUGCAGAUUUUGCGGAACACCGCGAGGCAGCUUUCUGAGGCAAAGCCAAAGUUGAGCCGGAGGCUGGACGCAAUCGUGCACCGUUACCCUGCAGUCAGCUCACAAGAACAGCUCAGAAUUCUCACCUUGAACCUGUGGUUUGAUGAAAAGCAACGAGAACUUCGGACUGCCGCAUUGCUAUGCGCGUUGCAGCAGCUGGGGCCAGCGAUUUGCUGCUUCCAGGUGACCCGCAAGGUGGCCAUAGACAUCCAACGUGCGCUGCCCACUUGGUCAUCUUCGGAUCCUGGAGAUGGGUCCUCAAUUCAAGGUUGCGGCUAUGGCGUAAUGAUCCUAGCUCCUCCAGAGCUUCGAGUUCGUUUUUCCCGCCACGGCUUGCCGACACACAUGGGGCGUGAGCUGCUCGUGGCGGAGCUUGAUGGACUUGCCGUUGGCACCGUGCACUUGGAGUCGUUGAAGAACCAGAAGCUGCGCGAGUGCCAGCUUGUUGCCUGUGCUGAGGUGAUGCAGCAGUGGCCAGAGGUCCUCUUGGUGGGUGACUUCAACCUUUUUGAUAAAGUCGUUGCUUCAUUCUGCUUGCAAGAUCACCUGCCGGGCUUCAAGGACGUCUGGCCGGCCUUGCGGAAGGAGCCUGGCAACACCUGGCGCUCCCAUGGCAAGAACCAGAACAAGAACAGGAUGGACCGAGUCAUGGCAAAGCUAUCUACGUGGCAGGCGGUGGACGUGGAGCUGAUGUUUCAAGAACCGUUGCACCCUGGACCAUAUCUGCAGGAUGUCCUUCCCUCGAUCUGCAGCAACUGUGUGCACCUGAACCCAGAUGCGGACACCCAUGCUGCCUAUAUUAGCGACCACCUGGGCUUGCUCACGACUAUCGAGCAAAUCAAACCCACAUCCCAGAGCGAUCCCCAAGCGCAAGAUGUGCCAAGGAGCCUGGCUUUGUCGCGGCAUUUCUUGCCCUGCCGCGCUUUUCUCCGCAUUCCCGCUGAGCGGGGUGUCCGAGCCGCAUGUUUUAGUAAUCGCAAGAGGAUGAGCAGGUUUGAGACAGAGAUGUGGCAUCCGAACAUCUUUGCAGACGGGCGAGUGUGCAUCUCGAUUCUCCAUCCUCCGGGCACCGACCGAUUCAACGACCAGGAGACGGCGGACGAGAGGUGGAGGCCCAUCCUUGGCGUGCACAGCAUUCUGAUCAGCGUCAUCUCCAUGCUACUGGAUCCCAACCUGAACUCCCCGGCCAACAUCGACGCGGCCGUGCACCUGAAGAAUGACCCCGAGGGCUGGAAGAAGAAGGUCCGCCAGCUGACUCGAAAGAGCGUGGAGGGUUAG